AUGUCCAGCACAAGACCAGACCUUAAGUUUUCAGACACCGUGGAUGAACGCCUGUUCUACCGCAAGUUUCUGAACCUUCCACCAAAGGACCUGCAAAAUAUUGUCAGGGUGGUCGAUCAUAAAGACUACUUCUCCGCCUUAGGUGACGAUGCUAACUUGGUGGCUGAGGCCAUUUAUAAAACACUGCUGGUCUUGAAAACAGCCAAUUCUACCGUCUAUGUCACCAUCUCCCCACAAGUGUUCGCUUCCUUGGCCCGGUAUUGUUUAGUUGACAACUCUUACAAACUUGAAGUUUACAACAAACAGUUCCAAUUGCUCUUGACAGCCACUCCCGGAAACUUGGAGCCAUUAUCGCUCGAGUAUGGCAUUGACUUGGAGUCAAUGCUCCGUGAUGCCCUGACACCAAUGGUGGCAAGUAUGAAGUUUGUAUCAAAUGCAUCGCUGAAGAAGGUGGGUGUAUGCUUAGUGGACUUGCUGAACAAAGCCAUCCAGGUUUGUGAAUUCGAUGAUAACGAUUUAUUUUCCAACUUGGAGCUGUUAUUCUUGCAAGUUAAUGUCAAGGAAGUCAUAGUUCCGCUGUCAUAUAAUCCCGAGAACAGUGAUGGAGCUUCAGCUGACGUUAUUAAGCUUUUCCAGGUUUUAAAGAAGAUUGGUUCUCUAGUCAUUGGCUCUGUCAAACCAUCAUUGUAUUCCACCAAGGACAUUGAUCAAGAUUUGACCAAAAUUGUCACCUCUGACUCGAUUGACCCCGAUGCUACCAACAAUAUCGAGUUAGUGUUGGCUUCCAAGGGUAUCAACUCUUCUGAGUACUCGUUAUCACUUUCGUGUUGCAAUUCGCUCAUUCAUUACCUAAACUUGCUUGGAGAUGACUCACCCUCCUUUUCGAUUGACAAGUACAACCUUUCCACAUACAUGAAGUUGGACUCAUCUACUAUGAAAGCUCUCAACAUCUUCCCACAAUCCAGUUCUGUGAUUGGAUCUAAACUGGCUACUGUGACCUCCAUAUUCGAGCUUUUGAACAAAUGCAAAACGGCUGCUGGCACCAGAUUGCUUUCUCAGUGGCUUAAGCAACCACUUACGGACUUGCAAGCCAUCUUGGAUCGUCAGGCGUUGGUUGGUCAUUUUAUUUCCGAUACUAGCUUGCGUGUAUUCGUUUCACAAGAAUGGCUCUCUCAGGUUCCUGACGUAAAAAGAUUGCUCAAAAAAAUUUCGAAUGGUGUGAAAAGAGCCAGUGGUAAUGAGAACAAGAAAUUGGAAGAUGUGGUGCGUUUGUACCAACUUGUUACUAUCUUGCCUGAAUUGAUGAAUAUGCUUCAGAUGUCGGUCGAAGAUUGCAAGGAUACUCAUAUUCAGUCGUUGUUGAAGGAGUACUGGUUGGAGCCAGUCUCAAAGGACCAUACUUCAUUGCUCAAAUAUCAAGAAUUGGUCGAAACUACCAUUGAUCUAUCACCUUUGGACAGUCUGUCUUCAUACGAUCUUUUGCACAAGGACUUCAACAUUCGUCCUGAGUUUGAUGAGUCUCUCAUUGUCAUCAACAACAACUUACAGAGUACUUCGGACAAGAUCAAGAAGACCCACCAAGAAGUGGCCGAUGACUUGAACAUCGAUAUCGAGAAGAAAUUGAAAUUGGAAAAGCACCAGAUUCAUGGUUGGUGUUUCAGAGUGACUCGUAUUGACUCGUCUAUCUUGAGAAACACAGGAGACAAGUAUAUCGAACUUCAAACGGUCAAGGCAGGAGUUUUUUUCACAACUAAGAAGUUGAGAGCUUUAUCUCAACAGUACAUGGAUUAUUCCAGCGAGUACAACUCGAAGCAGAAAGAAUUGAUCAAAGAGAUUCUUUCGAUCACUGUUACUUACCAAUCUGUAUUCUUGCGGUUAUCAUUGGCAUUAAGCACCUUGGACAUUCUUUCAGCAUUCGCCAAUGUGGCUAUUUUUGCUCCUACUCCACUUGUGAAGCCAAAAUUGCAUGCAAUGGCUGAAGAAACGGAUAAUGUUGCUUUCAGUGAGAGACGCAUAAAGUUGAAGGAUGCUAGACAUCCAGUACUCGAGGUUCAGGACGAUGUUAACUUCAUUGCUAAUGAUGUUGAACUUGCCAAUGAAGGUGGAAGUCCUUUCGUUAUUAUUACAGGCCCCAACAUGGGAGGUAAAUCCACGUAUAUCAGACAAGUUGGAGUCAUUGCAUUAAUGAGUCAGAUUGGAAGCUACAUUCCAUGCGAGGAAAGUGAAGAGGCUCCAGAGUUACCAGUUUUUGAUGCCAUUUUGUCUCGUGUGGGUGCUGGAGAUUCGCAAUUAAAGGGCCUUUCUACAUUCAUGAUCGAAAUGCUAGAAACUUCGCUGAUUUUGGCUACUGCCACUCAAAAUUCGUUGAUUAUUAUUGACGAGUUAGGACGAGGUACCAGUACUUAUGAUGGUUUCGGCUUGGCAUGGUCUAUUAGUGAACAUUUGAUUACCUCCAAGAGGUGCUUUACUUUGUUCGCAACGCAUUUCCAUGAAUUGACCAAGUUGGCAGAGAAAUAUGAAGGAAAGGUGCAGAAUUUGCACGUUGUCGCCCAUAUUGAGAAGAAUGACGAACAGAAGGAGGAAGAUGAUAUCACAUUGAUGUACAGGGUCGAACCAGGAAUCUCGGACAAGUCUUUUGGUAUUCAUGUUGCAGAGUUAGUGAAGUUUCCUACCAAGAUCAUCAACAUGGCCAAGAGAAAGGCAUCAGAGCUCCAGCACAUUAAUGUGGGAUCAGAUAUUGAUCCGUACGUUAACGGUAAAAGAACCAAAUGCUCGAAUGAGGAAGUCAGCAUUGGUGUGGAUAAAUUGAAACAAAUCCUUCUUUCUUGGAAGGAGCAGUGCGUCGACCCUAAGACACAACAAUGUAAAGUAUCAUCAGCUGAAGCAAUUGAGACGUUGAGGGGAUUGGUUGAUGGCCAGUACAAGCAUGACGCUACUAGCGAUAAAUUUAUUCAGGAAGUUCUCAGCAUGCUCUAA